AUGGCUGACACGUGGGGAUGGGAUCACGUAGAUGUCCGGCAUGAUCGCGGGAUGACGCACAUGCGGGGGGAUUCGCCCGUUUCGGACCUCUGUGCAGAAGCUAUCCGAGCGAUGAUCUGCGCAUAUCGAGCAUCGGUUGGCGUGUUAGUCCAAUCGGCGCAUCCAGAGGUCGAUCAGGAGAAGGCGAAAGGCCGCGCCAUUGUAUCACAGGGUCUUGUCAGCCUGCCCUACUCCACAGUCUGGGGAUGGAAACGGAAACUCGAGGCAUAUCGGUCGGAGAUCGUACAGUUAUAA